AUGGAGAUCUUUUCGCUGUCUAUCGGUUUUGUCGGCCUUCUACUCAUCUCCUUUGUCGUUGAGAGAGUCUUGAACAAGUUGAAGAAUGGAAGGCGACCCCCGUUACCCCCCGGCCCCAAGGGUUUACCGAUUGUGGGUAAUGUGAACGAUCUACCCAAAGCUGGCGAAUUGGACUACGUUCACUGGCUGAAGCACAAGGAAUUAUACGGUCCCAUUAGUUCCAUCACAACCAUGGGUCAGACCGUUGUGAUACUUAGCGAUCCACAACUUGCUUUCGACCUCUUAGACAAGCGCUCACUGAAGCAUUCCUCCAGACCUUCACAAACGUUCAUUGGCGAGAUGGUCGGUCUAGAGCAUAUCACUGGCAUGGCCGUCUAUGACGAGCGAUUCCGCGCACAACGCAAGGCCAUGGGCCGUGUCCUCGGCUCAAAGGUUGCUGCAGCGAAAUACAACGAGUGGCAGGAGGCUGAAGUUGGACAUCUUCUUCUGCAUCUGCUAGAUGACCCACAAAACUUUGUAGAACACAUCAAGAGAGAAGCUGGUUCACUGAUCCUAAAGAUUACGUAUGGCUACACAGCGGAACAAUUCAAGGAAGAUCCUUUCCUUGACAUGAUUACGGAAACCAUGGACAACUUCUCGACGGGCGCUACGCCCGGUGCCUUUAUAGUCGAUGUUUUCCCCUUUUUGCGGUAUCUACCCAGCUGGGUUCCUGGGACAGGUUUCAAACAACUCGCAAAGCAAUGGAGAGCCCAGAUGGAGGAGACCAGGGACAAGCCAUACGCCUUCGUUCAGCAUCAAAUAGCUCAGGGCAAAGACAACUCUUCUUAUCUGUCCAACCUUCUCGAUUCCUCUGAGCAGUCGCCCUUCGACCAGCACAACCACAAAUACUCGGCGCUGGCUGUUUUUGGAGGAGGCGCAGAUACGACCGUAUCGACAGUCGCAUCCUUCUUCUUGGCGAUGAUGGUGUACCCUGGUGUUCAGAAGAAGGCCCAAGAAGAAAUCGACAGAGUUAUUGGUAGUGGAAGACUGCCGACUACCAAAGAUCGGGAAAACCUUCCCUACAUCGAGGCUCUCGUAAAAGAAAUCAUGCGCUGGCACCCAAUUGGUCCUAUGGGUCUGCCGCAUUCUAGCACGGAGGACGAUGUCUUCGAAGGCUACUUCAUUCCGAAAGGGGCCAUGGUGCUUCCCAAUAUUUGGUGGUUCACUCAUGACCCAGAGCGGUACCCCGACCCAAUGAACUUCAGACCUGAGCGCUUCCUACAGACCGACGGCCACGAACCUGAGGCGGACCCUCACAAGUUUGUGUUCGGGUUCGGUCGCCGAAUCUGCCCCGGCCGCAUCCUCGCCGAUAACUCCAUCUUUCUCAAUAUCGCUCAGUCACUUGCCGUGUACGAUUUCGCUAAGCCGAUUGUUGACGGCAAGGUUGUCGAGCCGGCUGUCAAGUUCACCACGGGCGUGAUCAGCCACCCGCAGCCAUUCGAGGUCUCCAUCAAGCCUCGAUCUGCUCAGCACGAGAGGUUGAUUCGCUCAAUUGAGGAAAUCUACCCGUGGGAAGAGAGCGAUUCUAAGAUUCUGGAGAGGAUGGAGGUUUAG